AUGUACUCUGACGUUGUCGAUGAUCCCAUCCCUGCCGCAGAGGCGCCGCUCAGCGAUGCUAAAGGCAAUCGGAAUAAACGGUGGGAGCCUCAAGAGGGUGCAUCCAUUAUCCUAGAUAAAUUACACGUGUUUGGAGUGACGAAGAUGAACACAUCAGAGAUAGUCAUGUACUUCUCGGACCUUUGCAGUGGUAACGCGUUAACGGAAGGGGAUGUCGAGAUGGAUACGGGCGGUGCUACGGAGAAGGAAGAAAUUGGCGUUGAAUGGUUGGAUGAUCAUUCCUGCAACGUACGAUGUGGUACUGAGGACCGAGCGAAGGCUGCGAUGGAGCAUCCCACGACAACAAAAGUUGGAGAUCCGUGGGUGUUGAGUGAACUGAUCGAGCUGGAAGGAAAGAAGCCAUUCCGGCUCUCUUUCCGAUUGGCAACGGAUAAGGACGUUAAACAGGCCGGUCGAACAUGGCGAGAUUCGCAAUUUUACCGCCAGAAUUUGAGCAAGAAAGGCUACGAUUGCGAUGGUCAUAAGCUAGCGCCACGAGGGAUCGAUUUAAAACCUCGGAAAGGCCGGAGGCGGGGGCGCUCCCGAAGUCGGUCCCCACUGGGAGGCCGGGUGGAGGUAGACGAGGAGGAGCUGGCUCGUCGGGCAAGGCGGAAGGAACGAUUUGGUGUCGUUGAUAGCAGACAUGAAGGAAAAGCCGAAGAAUACGAUGAUGAUGGAACAGGGUCCUCCAGUGAGGAAGACUGGACGAAGAAGGAUGGUAGGACGAUGGGAAUCCUUCGCAACGAUGAUGAAGAUACGCCUCCCGAAGAUCAGUCAGCAAGUCAAUAAACUUUCA